AGAACAACUAGUAGGUUUCACAGGAUGAGACGUACAUCGCGGAAGUGUGCGACUGUCCGUCAUUUUUGGGAAGAAACACCGAGGCAUCAGCAGUAAGGCAAGUAAAUAUCAACAAACGAUGGCCUAUUCUGCUUUGAAAACAAUGCAAUUAACCGCAAUUAUGUGGAAUUGAUAUUUCCCACCAUUAUCAAUCGUAAAAGCCAGUAAGGACUAAAUACACCGCAGUUGGUUACGAAAUGGCGACUGGAGGUGGCGGCGGCCCACCGUCAAAUCUUGAAGGACAGGCAUCCAAUUUCGCGCAUUCUGGAGCGGGAAGGAAUGCCGGAGCGGCCUCGAAUAUGCCCGUCCCUGUUGUCGCAGCACCAAUUCCCCCUCCUUCGGGAGGCCUUUACCGAGAGCCCGUGUAUAACUGGCAGGCCACGAAGAGCUCGGUGAAAGAGCGCUUCGCUUUUCUCUUCAAUAAUGAACUGCUCAGCGAUGUUAGGUUUAUUGUCGGCAAAGGUAGACUAGCACAGAGGAUACCAGCUCAUAAAUUUGUCCUAGCUGCUGGUAGUGCAGUAUUUGACGCCAUGUUCAACGGAGGAAUGGCCACCACCUCGACUGAGAUAGAGCUACCUGAUGUGGAACCUGCAGCCUUCCUAGCCUUGUUAAGGUUCCUGUACUCUGACGAGGUCCACAUAGGGCCAGAGACUGUGAUGACCACUUUGUACACAGCAAAGAAAUAUGCUGUCCCUGCUCUAGAGACCCAGUGUGUGGACUUCCUCACCAAACACCUCAGAGCAGACAAUGCAUUCAUGUUACUAACUCAGGCCAGGCUAUUUGAUGAGCCACAACUUGCCAGCCUCUGCUUGGAAACUAUAGAUAAAAGCACAGCAGAUGCUAUAAACGCAGAAGGAUUCACUGACAUUGACCUAGAUACACUGUGUGCUGUGCUGGAGAGAGACACCCUGGGGAUCCGGGAGAACCGUCUGUUCGGGGCAGUGGUGCGCUGGGCAGACGCUGAGUGUUACAGGCAACAGCUUCCCCUCACCUCAGAGAACAAACAGAGGGUUCUGGGCAAGGCCCUGACCCUCAUCCGCUUCCCCCUCAUGACCGUGGAGGAGUUUGCUGCAGGGCCUGCCCAGUCUGGGAUAUUGUUCGAUCGGGAGGUGGUAAAUCUGUUUUUACACUUUACAGUAAACCCCAAACCGCGGGUAGACUACAUUGACAGACCACGCUGCUGUCUCAGGGGAAAGGAGGGCAGCAUUAAUAGGUUCCAGCAGGUUGAAAGUCGCUGGGGAUACAGUGGUACCAGUGACAGGAUCAGAUUUAAUGUAAAUAGAAGAAUAUCAGUAGUGGGGUUUGGACUGUAUGGAUCGAUUCACGGACCUACUGACUAUCAAGUUAAUAUACAGAUUAUUGAGAGUGAUAAAAGCCUAACACUUGCCACAAAUGACACAGGCUUUAGCUGUGAUGGAACAGCCAACACUUUCCGAGUCAUGUUCAAGGAGCCUGUGGAGAUUUUACCCAAUGUUAGCUACACUGCCUGUGCAACCUUAAAGGGCCCGGAUUCUCACUAUGGAACUAAAGGGUUAAAGAAAGUGAGCCAGGAGUCGGCCACCGGAACCAAGACGACCUUUUUCUUUUUCAGUUCGCCCGGGAACAAUAAUGGAACGUCCGUAGAGGAUGGUCAGAUCCCAGAGAUAAUCUACUACACCUAAAACGUCUCAUCACCCCUGGGUUUUGUUCAGUUGGGUUAAACCGUGUUCUCAUCUACUACACCUAAAAUGUCUCAUCUCCCCUGGGUUGUGUUCAGUUGGGUUAAACCAUGUUCUCAUCUACUACACCUAAAACGUCUCAUCUCCCCUGGGUUGUGGUCAGUUGGGUUAAACCAUACUCUGACUUGGUCCUACGCACACUUGUCCGAUAAGAAAAAGCUUUUGAUUUUGUGUUUUGUCAUUUUCUCAUGUUUUCUUUAGCACCAUCUGUUGAACACGACACCCAUAUAAACACAACUGGUUUGUCAGUAGGCAUGCUCAGAAUGUUGCAGAUAGGGAUGUCAUGAGAAGGUAUUGUGAUUCUUGGUUUUGUAAUAGCUACAUUUUUGUAUUUCAAUCUGAAUUCCCUGGGUCAGGUACACCACAUCUACACUUCAACUAGGGCAGGGGGACGAAGGUAUAAAUGUGAGGAAAACUCACUGUAACGGAGGUGUUAGUAAAUGCUUAAGUUUUCUGAAUCAAAAUGUUUUGCAAUGGUGUGCCCUAAUGAACACAACCCAGACAGUCAUUUGGGCCUCAGAGUGGAGUGUUAGGUGUUGUAGCCUGGUUGUAGAUCUGUUUGUACUCUAUUCAACUCCAUUGCUGUUGUUGCCAAAGACAAUUCCAUAAGCAGUUGGCAAGACACAUGGAAACAAUGUCCAUGCUAGAAGGGUCGGGCCUCAAAUGGUGGACACAAAACCAUUUGGAAACCAGGAGUAGUUGAAGCGUUUUGGGAUCUGCUGUUUUAGGACCUCAGGUGUGCGUGUGCUGGACAUUUGAUGUAAUAAAACUGGAACCCAAAA